AUGGUGGACAAUAUGAGCGAAUGUUUUAUUCAUUUUAGCACAUUUUCAGAUGAAGAUAUUUUAAUUAUGGGUACGCGAACCUCUUUAUGCAAAAUCGUUGAGUGCAGGAAACAGUGGUGUGUUCUGGAUGGCGAGGCAAGAGCAAUGAAUGAGAAAAGUUUCGAGUUUAUAACCGAGGAAGAAGGCAAGCAGGUCUUUGAUAGCGAUGUUUGGACAGAAGUUUGGACACACGAUGCUGAAAGAACAGCAAAACUAGUCAUGUAUUCGAAAGCUUGUUGUUGACAGCCAAGAUGUCUUUGCUGUUCUGGCUUCGGCAGAAGUCCCACCAGCGUUGUUUUUUGAGCUCCAUCGAUUUCUUCGUGGUACAAUUGAGAAUUUUGUUGUUGCUGUUGUUAGCCUGUUAGAGUAUAUCUGUGUCCAGCAAGUUGAGACCUUGAGAAAGCUUGGCAUUCAAGCCGUGCACAGAAGUGACUAAUUAAAUCUUUGUUUGCUGAUCAGUUAAAUAGAGAAACUGAACUCGUAAUUAUAUAAAAGUACCUUGGAUUUUUAAGUUAGAAUAUAAUUUUUUGUGCAAUGAAAUUUGAUAGAUCCUUUUCAAGAUGACCCUCAAGAAAAUGGCAUGGUCAGUCUAUCUAGUGGCACGGUUGCUCCUGAAGAUGUUGUCACCGAUCUGGAUGGUGCAUUUGACAAAGGGAAUGACGUGUUUGAACAGUUUGUUUCGAGCAAGUUACUUGUUGAUGAGCCAGAUAUAUUUUCUCCAAUCGCAAAACAGAACACUUGUCAAAACAUUUGUCUCAAUUAAGAAACCUGCUGCAAGACUGAUGUCAAAGGGUCAAGUUGUUUCACUUAAAGCAGACCGAAAUACUUUUGCCAGGCUUUUCAUUAUCGGACAAAAGAGAUCAAUCAAUGUAACAGAGAUGCUUUUGUAUUGUUUGGGGCCAUAUCCUCUUUUGUUGGCCACAGCUGCAGGAAAUAUUUGAAAAACAACAGUAACUGCCAAUUUGAGUUUCCAGAUUGUGUGGUAGACAUAGAUACAGUUCCAGCUGACUGUAGUGCUUUACUUGAUGCUAUAGCAGUUUUACAGAGUUUUGUUAUUCUGGAGAGCUUGCUGAUAAUAUCCUUGCAAGAAUACUUGCUAUCGCACACAACUUCAAGGCAUCCCAUGUUGACUUCAUAGCUGACCGUUACCUACAGCUCAGUAUGAAGAAUGCAGAACAAGAAAAACAAGCAUCACACAGCACAAGUAAGGUACGUAUUUACGGACGCGAUCAGAAAGUGUUUAAACCAUGGAAGUUUAUUUCAAGUGGCAGAAAUAAAGAGAGUCUCAUAGCUUUCUUGGUCAAAGAUGAAUGGGUACUUAUUGGGAGAGAUCCAGCUGUACGUAACAUCAAGGAAAGAAUGUACAAAGUUGUUGUCUGUUGA